AUGGCAGAAGAACAAGAAUUUAAUAAUCCAUUCGAUCCAGUCAUUCCUGAUGAUUUGGUUACUCAACAACCUGAUGUCUCAUGGGAAUAUCUUUUCCAACCAGAUCAAUGGUACAUUACACCACAAAGCGUUUCUGAGAACUUUGUUCCUCUUGUUUUGAGCUUGGCUGCUGUGGCCGUCGCUGCUUUUGUCUUUUGGUUCUCAAGAAAUCAAGGAAUUAAAACGCAAUGGUACAGAAAAUUAGAAAAAGGAAAAUACUACUUCUCUGAAACACUCAUUUUCAAUGUUUGGAUUGCAUUGUAUAUUCCUUUGGCUAUUGGUGCUUGGUUAUCCUAUGUUUAUGGUGGUCAAACUUGGAACAGAGCUUUGACUGUCUAUGCUUUGCACUUGAUUGUCAAUGUUCUUUUCUCCGUUUCUUUGUGGUGGGUUAAGGAUUUGAGUUUGGCCUUGUUGAACCUCAUUACAUUGAUUGGUGUUUCCAUGUUCACUACAAGUCAAUUCAAUAGUAUCUUGAAGUUUGCUGGAUAUAUCAACACUCCAUACAUGUUAUGGCUUUUGAUUUUCACUGUUCAAUUUGGAUAUUUCUGGUAUUUGAAUGAAGGAAAGGAAUUGAUGGAAGCUGCCAAUCUUGCAAGAGGUGGUGCCAAGAAGGCUCAAAAGAAGAAGAAGGGACUUCCAGGAGAUGUCAAGAAGAAGCUCCAACAACAAGUUCAAGAUCAAAAAGCUUCUCUUUCAUCGGCCGGUGAAUCCGAGAAGGAAGAAUAA